UUUUUUUUUCCAUCUCUUCUUGUCCUUUUAAAUCACCUAUCAAAUGAAAUUUUCCUGACUGACGUUACAAAAAAAAAAAAAAAAACGGGACUUGUGUCUACUUUCAGUCAGCUCGGUGCGGCCUACGUGAGUGCCACGACCGGUGCCGUUGUCACCGCCUUGGGCCUCAAGUCACUGGCCACGCGUCUCCCGCCCAUCGUCAGCCGCUUCGUGCCCUUUGCCGCCGUCGCCGCUGCGAACUGCAUCAACAUUCCCUUCAUGAGACAGAGGGAGUUGAAGUACGGCAUUCCCGUGACCGACGAGAACGGCAACAGGUUAGGAGAGUCUGUCAACGCGGCCCAGCAGGCCAUCAUGCAGGUGGUGGUGUCCAGGAUCGGCAUGGCGGUGCCAGCUAUGGGUAAGGGCUGUAGUUGUGAAAAUCAAAAGUAUGGUGACAUUUCUCUCCAAACAAUAGUUAAAGUAAGCUAGCAGUAUCUUGUUAUUUGUUGAGGCUAAGGCAUUUAUUAGCGUAUGAAU